UCGCGGGAAUUGCACUUAUCCAAAUUUGAAAGGAUUUACACGUGAAAAUAGGUUCUUCUGCUGGUUUCCUUUGUCAGACGAAUARCUUUGUAUAUAUUGUAAAUGCAGCUACUAUGUAUUUGAAGAUUUAAAARCUGAUUUGUGCAAUUUUGUGGAUUUUGGAAUCCUUUUACUCCAAAUGAUGGAAAAUAACAUGCGCACAUACAACUUUCAAUUGCCUMAAUUUACGGUAGAUGUUUUACAAUGAAUCGUAUUUGUAGCCUUCGYCUGUACAAAACUGGUACACCUUCUAGGUUAAGAUCAUUCAGAAGAACUUUGUCAUCAAGAUUGAGUCACGACGAUCUCUCACCGAGAUUUAACCCUCUAAACAUUCAAAUGCUGUCCAAGGUCCUACACUCACAACUGUUUCCUGGUCUUGUACAAGAGCCCGAUUCUAACAUCAUUGAAAAAUGCGUUGCACACUUAAAAGAGCAUAAUCUUUGGGAUAAAAACAAAAAUGUUAUUCCAGAUGUGAACUUAAAACUGCCGAAGCUGCUUGGCUCAAACAUUGACGAGCACUUUAGGACGAUUGCUAAACAGCAGAGCAAGCCAUAUUUUGAUUUGUCAGAAGAACUGGCUGACACACUGYUGCCUCGUCAGCCAGAGGACUGGGCUUUUGUCUCAGGGUGGUCAAAAUAUGAAGUGUCGGACCAAGGAACAAAGGUUACACCUGUAGAUUUUCCUGAUGAAGAUGGCUUUGUAUUUGAUGUAGAGGUCUGCCAAAAUGAAGGACCCUUCCCUACCUUAGCUGUAGCUGCUUCUCCAAAGGCAUGGUWUGGCUGGGUMAGUCCAAAGCUUGUUGAAGAGAAAAGCUACCAAUGGCUUGUAAAAGCAACACCUUCAUUAAUGAUUCCACUUGAGACUUGUGAUGGACAGGACAUGAGUAAAACUAGAUGGAGAGAAAAGCUUGUUGUUGGUCACUCAGUUGGAUUUGACAGGUCAUAUGUGAAGGAGCAGUAUUACAUCAAGGGACCAAAGACCUAUUUCCUAGACACACUAAGUCUGCACAUGUGUGUGUCUGGAUUAACUGGACACCAGCGYCACUUGUGGAAUGCAAACCAGGCAGGACGUAAAGCCAGUCAGCAAUGGAUGGAYGUYGGMUCAGGUAACAAGCUUGAGCACCUUUAUGAGCUGUAUUGUGGACAGGAAAACCUGGACAAGUCAGGACAGCAAGUCUUUAUUGAUGGUAAUCUUGACGAUAUUAGAUCUCAAUUCCAGGAGCUUAUGUCAUACUGUGCCAGCGAUGUUUCCGCAACACAUGAAAUAUUUACCGUCAUAUGGCCCAUCUAUAAAGAKCGUUUUCCACACCCAGUGUCRUUUACUGGGAUGUUAGAGAUGGGUUCGGCCUACCUUCCUGUAGAUGAAAGCUGGGAUAACUAUAUCCGAGAUGCAGAUAACACCUUUGAGGAUCUGGAGAAAGAAAUGAAGGGCAUCUUGAUGAAGCUAGCUGAUGAGGCUUGUAAUUAUCAACAUGGACAAAGAUACAAAAAGGAUCCGUGGUUGUGGAGUCUAGAUUGGUCUGUCCAAGAUAUCCCUAUUAAAGUACCCAAGAAACCAAAACGAAAGAARACAAAACCUCAAAACAGCGAAACCACACCAAAAGUCGAAAACACAGACGAAAAUGUAGAACUCAACACUACAAACCUCUCGGACAUCGAGGAAAGUUUACUAGAUGAACGAGCCUUGUUGGUGUUUGAAAGAUCUGGUGAUGAAGUGAUURACUUUGMAAAGCUUGAGCUUGACACWCAAAGAGUUAAUGAUAUAAUAGCGUCGAUACCUUCAGCUGAAGAAGUUAUGUAUAAAMGACGUCGUCACUUACCAGGAUAUCCUUUGUGGUACAGGAAGAUUAGCCCAAGAGACUGGGAACUAGGAACCUCCCUUGUGAGCCCGCAAUGUCAAAUUGCACCUAUGUUACUGCGCAUGACUUGGGAUGGUUAUCCGCUGCACUACAGUCGYAAGCAUGGAUGGGGCUAUCUCGUACCAGGAAGAGAGGACAACCUGAGAACAKCUGGCGAGAYAGAAAAUUGUGACGAGGAUGACAAAGUUGAAAGAGAUUCUCCAGAUGCGCCGUUUCCAACAGAAUCGUUUCWAACACUUUGGGAGCAGCAGCAGCAGCAUAACAAGAAUAMGACCUUAUUAGCUGGUUCCGAUGAGAACCUGGAUGUGAGGCUUAUUACCCAGAGUGACCUCUGGUCCSAGACUGCAGAAGAYAAACAGAGUCCCACCAAAGAGAUGACUAAACCAAAUAACGAAGUAAAUCCAGUGAAAAGAGCGCCUGACCAUCAUGGAGUUGGKCCAUUUUAUGAUGUAGAUCUUCCUGGUGUGUGGUUCUUUCGUAUUCCUCAUCAGAAUGGCGAGCAGUAUCGAUGCGGGAACCCUUUGGCUAAAGAUUACAUCAGCAAGUUGGAUGAYGGUACYUUGGURACUGCUGGUGACCGCAGUGCACGACGGACAUUAGUUAUCAACAAGAUGAUUUCUUUUUGGAGGAAUGCUCAAAAGCGAAUCAGAUCACAAAUGCCAGUUUGGAUCGAUUCUAAGGAUCUACCAACAGAAAUCACAAGAUCACGUGACUACAGGUCAGAUUCCAUAUAUGGUGCAAUCAUCCCGCGGGUCAUACCCGCAGGUACAGUGACCCGUAGAGCAGUCGAGUCCACUUGGUUAAUUGCAAGUAACCCACGGGAGGAUCGUGUAGGAUCUGAGCUGAAAGCAAUGAUAAGGGCCCCGCCAGGGUACUCGUUGGUAGGUGCAGACGUGGACAGUCAGGAAUUGUGGAUUGCUGCUGUACUGGGCGACGCCAAUUUUGCUGGUAUUCAUGGUAGCACAGCGUUUGGUUGGAUGACGUUACAAGGCAGCAAGUCAGACGGUACAGAUUUACACAGUACGACCGCUAGCACUAUUGGCAUCAGCCGUGAUCAUGCUAAAGUCUUCAACUAUGGCCGAAUCUAUGGUGCUGGUCAGCGGUUUGCCGAGCGCUUGUUGCUUCAAUUCAACCAUAGAUUGACUGACAAAGAAGCCAAAAUGAAAGCUGAAACUUUGUACGGCAAGACCAAAGGAACAGUGAAGUAUAAGCUUUCAGACUAUGGGUACCAGGUAGCUGAUAAAAUAGGUCGACUACAUGACGUGGAUGAAAAUGGUUGCGUAGAGCCGAARGUGUACUGGGAACUAGCAAGAAAAUCUCACCGUGCAAGGGGAAACAAACUGAAAAAGAGUAUCGAAUGUGGUCGUGUUUGGCAGGGAGGAAGUGAAUCUGAGAUGUUUAACAAAUUGGAAAUGAUUGCUCAGUCAGAGGAGCCCAAAACGCCCGUUCUUGAUUGCCGAAUAAGUCGCGCCCUUGAACCAGGGAUCGUGGGAAACGAGUUUAUCACUAGUCGGGUGAACUGGGUCGUCCAGUCCUCUGCCGUGGAUUAUCUUCACUUGAUGCUGGUGUGUAUGAAAUGGCUGUUUACCGAGUACAACAUCGAUGGACGAUUUUGUAUCAGUAUACACGAUGAGGUUCGUUAUUUAGUGACACACAAGGACAAAUAUAGAGCAGCUUUGGCUCUGCAAAUUACAAAUCUUCUGACACGAGCGAUGUUUGCUUACAAGCUGGGCAUAAUGGAUCUGCCACAGUUUAUCACUAGUCGGGUGAACUGGGUCGUCCAGUCCUCUGCCGUGGAUUAUCUUCACUUGAUGCUGGUGUGUAUGAAAUGGCUGUUUACCGAGUACAACAUCGAUGGACGAUUUUGUAUCAGUAUACACGAUGAGGUUCGUUAUUUAGUGACACACAAGGACAAAUAUAGAGCAGCUUUGGCUCUGCAAAUUACAAAUCUUCUGACACGAGCGAUGUUUGCUUACAAGCUGGGCAUAAUGGAUCUGCCACAGUCCGUAGCUUUCUUCAGUGCUGUGGACAUCGAUACAGUAUUACGCAAGGAGGUCACGCUUGAUAGUAAGACACCUUCCAAUCCGCAUGGCUUACUCGAAGGACAAGGGAUACCUACAGGCGAAGCACUGAACAUUUAUGAAAUACUUGACAAAACAGGCAAUGGGCGUCUUGAUGUCAUGACUGAGGACUGUUCAUCAUAAAAACAGAAAUGUUGAGAUUCAAAGGUUUGCACGGGCAACUCGUGGAUUCUUGUCUGCUGCAGUGCGUCGUGUUCUGCGCAAAAACUUCAAAAUCCUGAUGCUCACAAAUGCGAGAAAAAURCAAGGAAUAACGAAAACUAACACGGUAAAGCUUAAAAAGAAAGAACGAUAGAGUUUGGUUGAGUUGUUGUACUUACAAGUUAGAGUAUACYUGUCAUCAUCUAUAUCAAAGCGCACGAGAUUGUACGAGACUUGUGCUAGCAUAUCAAAAACUGCCGCUAACAUCCACGCCGCUAACACUAAACGCYUUCCUGUCUUAACACUUGGUAGACGAAGUGGAUGAAACACAGCAAAGUAUCGUUCAACGCCUAUUACUAAGUAAUUCAUUACUGUGGCUAUCAGAAAAUACAUAUUGUUGAAUCUAACGACUUUACAAGCUAAGUCAGUCUUGAUAAAAUCCACGAACAUCUCAGUUGUAAACACAGGCACACUAACCGAAGAACUCAAGAUGUCAGAGAGAGAUAGACUUUGAAUGAAACGAUCKAUCAAGAAGCUGCGGUUGAAUGCCGUUUUCUUGGAUGGCUUUCUUUGCGUAAAAUAAAAGAUCAACAAGUUCGCUAUUAGUCCAAACACCGCAGCAGUUGCAUAUGAACAUGCAAUAACGACUUUGACGGUGUAGUUCACCGGGGCGAAUACGUACGUCGACGAAGCGUUUAAAGUCGAACUGCCGGUGUUGUUGAUGUCCAUGCUUAAGAGCACACCUUUAAACCUGUACGUUAUUUUAAUUAAAAGGGUGUAAACAUCUAAACAGUUUUAUUUAAAUAAAAUACAUAUAUCUCAAAACAUCCUUGCACUUGUAUAAUAUCAAUAUCAUUGAUAUAAUUAUCUAUAAACUACCUAUAUUUCUCUAUUUCGAAACGUUAUUUUCACUAGGGGAAAUUAUGAACAUUCGAGGUUUCUCUAUAUUUUGGAAAUAAAAAAGGGCAAUUUACGAUAUAAUUUGCUUCCAAAUAUAAUUAUCUUAUAAAAAGAAUAUUGCAUGGUUGCUUGGAGAUACGAAUUUUAUCUUCUCGCAUUGAAAAUCUUCGCUAGCUCGGUCGUUCGAGAUUUUUUUUAAAUACUCGAAGAUAAAAUUCGCAUUCCCGCGCGUCUA